GGCGGUAAAAUGGUCUAUUCAGUCCCGCUCAUUGUCUUCAUGGACGACGUGUCGGGCAACAUCUCGAAACAGUGGAAUAAACACCACGCAAUCUAUAUGUCAAAUGCAAGCUUACCUCGGCAGAUGCUUGAGAAGGAGUUCUGCGUCCGAUUUGUCUCGUCUUCUCCAAACGCCGCACCCAUGGAGCUGAUGCGUGCGAUGAGGAAUUCCAUCAGUGAGGCUGCGGCAUCUGGUGUCCGAGCAUGGGAUUGCAAGUACGACAAGGACGUCAUACUUGAGCCGUAUGCACUCCUUUUUGCAGGCGAUAAUCCAAUGCAGGCCGAGGAAUGUAGUCAGGGCGGAGUGCUUUGUAACUAUUUCUGCAGGACAUGCCACGCUGGUGGUAACAAAGCAUUCAAGGAAAGUCACGACGGUUACAACUCAAUGUUUUCGAGCGGCAACGAGCGAAAACCUGAAGAGACACGCGAGGAGGUCCUCGAGCAGUUCAGAAUUGCGAUCGAGCCUGGUGCCGCAUCCAAGCUCUCGCGAAAGCUUCAGGAUACCGGCAUUCGCGACACGACAACAGCACCAAUCUUGAACGCAGUCGUCGAGAUGGGUAAGAAGCUCCGAGCAAGAACUUCGGCUGCCGGUGGACUACAUUCGGAAAGUGACAUUCGACAAAAACUCGAGGGAGAGCUAGAGGAGCUUCUUCGAGGCCAGACCGCGGAGGAAGUCAUUAAUCCUCUGCUUGGAAUGGACGGUGUUAAUAUUCAUUUGGAUACACCGACUGAGGUCCUCCAUACGGUCUUGCUCGGCGUAGUCAAGUAUCUGUGGGCGCAAACGGUAGCUACGCUGGAUGAAAAAAAACUCCUCAGCGCUUUCCAGACACGGCUGGACUCGGUCGAUACUAUGGGACUCAACACUGCCAAUGUUGACGCGGAAUACAUGGUCAGGCACCGGCGCAGCCUCAUCGGGAAGCACUUCAAGAGUCUCGCACAGGUGAUGCCCUUUUUAAUAUAUGACUUGGUUUCUGGCGACGUUCUGGACGCAUGGACACGCCUUGGAGAGUUGGUGGUUCUCAUCUGGCAUACCGAGAUUCACGACAUGGACAAGUACAUCGUGAGUCCAUCCAAUGAGCAAUGUGUAUAUUAUAUGACACUGACUUUGGAAUUCAGGCUGAAUUGUCACGAUCCAUUCAAGAUUUCCUGA